CAUUCGUCAUCUGUAGGGCGGAGGAGGGGCGGCGAUGACUGUCCUGCGCCGGCGGCGGCGGUUACUGAGGUUCCGGCGGCUUCUACAACGGCGUCUUUUUCUUCUUCUUCUUCGUCUUCUUCAUUGUACCCUACGACCAGUAGGCAGCGGUGGUGGAAGAAGAAAUCGAGUAAAACUCAUGGGGUUGGGGUUUGUUCGGAGAAAAUCCACGAAUUCGAGGUUCCGGGGAGGAUUUGUACUAAUGGGUCAUCGAGAAUCGCAUGUUUGUAUACACAGCAGGGGAAGAAAGGGGUUAAUCAAGACGCCAUGAUUGUACAGGAGAAUUUCAAUUCAAGAAGAGAUACGGUGUUUUGUGGCGUAUUUGACGGACAUGGUCCUUUUGGACAUAUGGUUGCGAAAAAGGUUCGUGAUACCCUCCCUCUUAUCCUAUGUACUCAAUGGACAUCUAAAUCAGACGAAGAUCAAAACAAUCUCGUUGAGAUGAGACAUUCCAGAAGUUCAAAUUCUGAAGAUUCUAUAGCUUUAGAUGCCAAUGAUGAUUGUUACAAGUCAUUGGAGGCUGAAGAAAAUGAAAAAUUCCCCAAGAUGUAUCUGCCACUCAAAGUAUCUUUACUGAAGUCCUUCAAAUUAAUGGAUAAAGAGUUGAAACAACAUCCUAAAAUUGAUUGUUUUUGCAGUGGGUCGACGGCUGUGACUCUAAUAAAGCAGGGUCGGAACCUUGUAAUUGGAAAUGUUGGUGACUCAAGAGCGGUGCUGGCAACAAGAGACGAAGAAAACUCUUUGAUACCGAUUCAGUUAACAGUGGACUUGAAACCCGACCUUCCCGGUGAAGCUGCAAGGAUCCAGCAAUGCAAAGGAAGGGUCUUUGCUUUGCAGGAUGAGCCUGAAGUUGCACGAGUAUGGUUGCCUAAUAACGAUUCACCCGGGUUGGCGAUGGCGAGAGCUUUCGGGGACUUCUGUCUAAAGGAUUUUGGUCUAAUUUCUGUUCCCGAUGUUUACUAUCGACAACUUACUGUGAGAGAUCAGUUCAUAAUUCUUGCCACUGAUGGGGUUUGGGACGUCCUCUCGAAUAAGGAAGCUAUUGAAAUCGUGGCAUCAGCCCCUUCUCGUGAAACAGCAGGAAGAGCUCUUGUCGACUGCGCCGUUCGUGCAUGGAGACUGAAAUAUCCUACGUCCAAGAACGACGAUUGUGCUGUUGUAUGUCUUUUUCUCGAGUACGAGCCUGAAACAGAAGAGAACACAACAGCUUGUGCUAAAGCAACGGAAGAAGUUAUGUCCACACCAGGAGAUGACACUAAAGAUGUCAAAGUUGAUUCGAAUCAUAGAAUGACGGUUCUUGAGCGCUCAGGUACCCUACAAGGGUGCAACGAGAUCGUGCCUGUCAGUGACUCAAAUGACGAGAAAGUCGCAGUCGGAGGCCGAAACACGUCAAAGAGAAGCUUAGCUGAGUGCAUAUCAAAUGAAGAGGAGGAAUGGUCUGCAUUGGAAGGUAUAACCAGAGUGAAUAGUCUGUUAAGCCUGCCAAGGUUCUUAUCUGGUGACAGAAGAUCAGGCAGUUGGAGGAAGUGGCUAUGAGGUUUCUUUUUUUCUUUUUUCUGUUUCAAGUAAUUUUAUUGUGAAUUUGGAGGCAGAAAUUUCAAAUUUCUUGUGGAUAUUAAUAUUUUCAUUUUCAAUGCUUUUGCAGAUAAAAGAAAAUUUGUAUU